AAAUAGAAAAAGAAAAAGUAAUAGCGGGAGUGAUCGUCUCUUGUGAUCUCCGAACACAAACUAGCUUCAGAAUCUUUACUCUCUCUCUCUCUCUCUCACACACACACUUCACACGCUCUCCCAAGACACUGUCGCGUCGAUCUCUCUCCUCCCUUUGUAAAUCGUGUCUGCAACCAAGCAGCUUGCUUGCUGUCUGAUCUGUCAAUACUGUGUCGUUUAGGACAAAUUCCUCUCUCUUCAAGGAUGUACGCUAUAUCUCGUUCAAGGGUUUUCCAAGUUUUUUUGUUUCUUUUCUUAAUUCUUGUCACGAUUUGCCUCUUUUCUGUUCACAGUUUUGGUUGAAGUUAACAAUUUCUUCUUCACAGUUUGAAUGGUUCUGAUGUAGACCUUGAUUUUGCUUAGGAUUUUUACUAGGAUUUUAUCAUUCUCAUGAUAUGUCGGGUUUCCACUCUUUAUUUUGUUUAAUACUGAACUGUUCCAACGUUAAUGUUUCUGGAUUGAUUCAUUCAAUGUAUCGAUCCUUUCCUUUUCGUUCUUCUAUGAUUAUAAUGCUCCCUAGCUCUACUUGUGUGGCUUGAUUAGGUUGUUUUAUUAUGCUAGCACUUUUUCAUGUGUGAUUCUUAACAUUCUACAUGUGGUGACUAUAGCAAGCAGUUUCAAUGAGUUUCUUUUUUAAGAGUAUUUUUGAAAAAAAAAAAAAAAAAGAAUUUUCCGGAAGGUCCUGUUAAAUUUUUUUAAUGACAUAUAGGUAUGCUUGUUAUUUUGAGCUGGGGGUAUAGCAUAGCACUAGCAGGGCAGCGAACUGAAAAGUUUCUCUGGCAUUCCUCAACCAGAAUUUAUCCAUCAUUAAUGAUUUUUUCUUCUUUACAUUAUUGCAGAUUCUUUUGCAGAUGGCCAUACAGGAAGCAAACCCUGAGACUACUCCCAGUGCUCAAGUUGUUGGCAAUGCCUUUGUGGAGCAGUAUUAUCACAUUCUGCACCAAUCCCCAAACUUAGUGCACAGAUUUUAUCAGGAUUCAAGUAUCCUAAGCAGAUCAGACAGCAAUGGUGUGAUGACAACUGUGACAACUACAAAAGACAUCAAUGAAAAGAUUAUCUCCCUGAAUUAUGAAGAUUAUACAGCAGAAAUAAAAACUGCUGAUGCUCAGGAAUCAUACGAGAAAGGUGUGAUAGUUUUAGUAACUGGAUGCUUAACUGGGAAGGAUAAUGUAAGAAGGAAGUUCUCACAGACAUUCUUUCUGGCUCCACAAGAUAAAGGAUAUUAUGUCUUAAAUGACGUCUUCAGGUACAUUGAGGAGAAUGACACACUGCAGUUAAAUUCUACCUCAAUAAAUGUCAUAAAUGAAAAUGCUGAGGCAGUACACAUGCCAGAAUCAGAGGAUGUGCAUGCUCCUGAACAUCUUGUGGCAGACACUGCAGCUUCUGUAGAGGGUGAAAACCUUAAUAAUGGUGCUGAAGUUUAUGAUCCUCAAGAUGAGGAAGAAGGAUCAGUUAUUGAUGAAGAAGUAACUGAACCCCCUACCGAUUUAAGUCAAAAUGAUAUUGUUACAAUUCAUGAUUCAACUUCUGCUGUCCAGGACUAUGCACCAAGGACAUCAUAUGCAUCAAUUGUAAUGAAAAGUAACACAGCAUCCAGUCAUGUCUAUGUUCCCAGCCGAGCUGCAAGAGUAGGAUCUGCUCAAUCCACUGAACAAUGGUCUACUACUGCCAAAUCAACUCCUGUGCCUGAGGCAUUAGGGCCUAGCAGUGACAGUGCACCUGGGAGUAGUGAUGUUCAUGAAGAAGCUGAAGGUCAUUCCAUAUACAUAAGGAACUUGCCAUUUAAUGCAACAGUUGAACAACUUGAAGAGGUCUUUCAGAAAUUUGGUCCUAUUAAGCACGGUGGUAUCCAAGUUAGAAGUAGUAAGCAUGGUUUUUGUUUUGGCUUUGUUGAAUUUGAGGAACUGAGUUCCAUGCACAGUGCACUUGAGGCUUCCCCCAUCACUGUUGGAGAGCGACAAGCUGUUGUUGAGGAAAAGAGAACUACUACACGAGUCAGCGGCAGUGGGAGGGGGAGGUAUCCUUCAGGAAGAGGUGGUUUCCGAAGUGAGAGUUUCAGGGGGCGCGGCAAAUUCGGUGGCGGAAGAGGUUUUGGCAGAAAUGAAUUCAGAAAUCAAGGGGAAUUCUCAGGGAGACCUAGGAGUUCUCAACGCUCAAAUCAGAAUGGAGGGGGGCGUGGUGGACGUCAAGGUGCCGGGAACCGUAGUUCGACACAGUCAACUGCUGCAUGAUCAUAUUGGUAUUGAAAGAAGGAAAAACAAAAACCAAAACCAAAGAAAAGAAACUGGUGGGUUGAUAAUUUUUUUAUACGAAAAGGAAGCCAAACACCUUUUUCUUUUUUCCUUGUUUAGGUACAAGUUCAUAUUUCUGACUUUCAUCGUUGCAAUCAUUCAAUGGCGAAAUCAGUGGGUCAAUUAGUCGUUGCAGAAGUGUUUUGGAUCGGUUAUGUAUUUUUUUUCACUACGAAUACACUUCUCUUCCUUCUUCCAUUUUGCUAAGUCAUUGAGCAAGAUUGUUCCUCCGAUUGAGUUACAUGAAUAUCUGUUGUGGAAGGUUUAUAUGUAAAUUGGAACUAUGUGAAUUCCUUUCAUCUUUUUCAUAAACUUAACGAAAACUGUUCACUAUUUUC